CUUAUGACGUACCUCGCACUCACGUUGCCUGUGCGUCAGCGGUUAGCGCCGCCGAUGCUUGGCGGGUUGUCCAGGUAACCGCGGGAGUUGUCUCGGUCAGCGAGCAUCCGAGACUGGUGUACGUCAUGCAGUUGAAGCACCUGAGGACCCUGCUGAGCCCUCAGGAUGGAGCUGCGAAGGUGACAUGCAUGGCCUGGUCCCAGAACAAUGCUAAAUUUGCUGUCUGCACAGUGGACCGAGUGGUACUUCUGUAUGAUGAACAUGGGGAGCGGAGAGACAAGUUCUCCACCAAGCCAGCUGACAUGAAGUACGGCAGGAAAAGCUACAUGGUGAAAGGCAUGGCUUUCUCUCCUGAUUCCACAAAAAUUGCCAUAGGACAGACUGACAACAUCAUCUAUGUCUACAAGAUUGGAGAAGAUUGGGGAGACAAGAAGGUCAUCUGCAAUAAGUUCAUCCAGACGAGUGCUGUGACUUGUCUGCAGUGGCCUGCGGAAUACAUCAUUGUCUUUGGACUGGCUGAAGGCAAGGUUCGCUUAGCAAACACUAAAACUAACAAGUCAUCUACUAUCUAUGGGACAGAGUCUUAUGUGGUAGCACUGACAACCAACUGCUCUGGAAAGGGGAUCCUCUCAGGUCACGCAGACGGCACCAUCGUCAGGUACUUCUUCGAUGAUGAAGGCUCUGGAGAGUCACAGGGAAAGUUGGUUAACCAUCCAUGCCCACCCUAUGCCUUGGCCUGGGCCACCAACAGCAUUGUGGCCGCUGGCUGUGACCGGAGGAUUGUGGCCUAUGGAAAGGAAGGCCAUGUGCUGCAGACUUUUGACUAUAGCCGCGAUCCUCAGGAGCGGGAGUUCACCACAGCUGCUGCAAGUCCUGGAGGCCAGUCUGUUGUGCUGGGAAGUUAUGACAGACUUCGGGUGUUCAACUGGAGUCCUCGAAGAAGCAUCUGGGAAGAGGCGAAACCCAAGGAGAUUGCUAACUUAUACACCGUCACCGCCUUGGCCUGGAAGCGGGAUGGCUCACGACUCUGUGCGGGAACACUCUGUGGUGGGGUGGAACAGUUUGACUGCUGCCUCCGAAGGAGCAUUUACAAGAACAAGUUCGAGCUGACGUACGUGGGCCCUAGCCAGGUGAUUGUGAAGAACCUGUCUUCAGGGACCAGGGUGGUGCUCAAGUCACACUAUGGCUAUGAAGUAGAAGAGGUGAAAAUCCUGGGAAAGGAACGUUACUUGGUGGCUCACACAUCAGACACGCUGCUGCUGGGAGACCUGAACACGAACCGCCUCAGCGAGAUAGCCUGGCAGGGAUCUGGUGGCAAUGAGAAAUAUUUCUUUGAAAAUGAGAAUGUGUGCAUGAUCUUCAAUGCUGGAGAGCUGACCCUGGUGGAAUAUGGGAGUAACGACUCCUUGGGUUCUGUGCGCACUGAAUUCAUGAACCCUCACCUCAUCAGCGUCCGUAUCAAUGAGCGCUGCCAGCGAGGAAUGGAAGAUAAUAAGAAAUUGGCUUAUCUUGUUGAUAUUAAGACGAUUGCUAUAGUGGAUCUGAUUGGUGGCUACAACAUUGGUACUAUCAGUCACGAAAGCCGGGUGGAUUGGCUAGAACUUAACGAGACUGGACACAAGCUUCUCUUUAGAGACCGGAAACUUCGGCUGCAUCUAUAUGAUAUUGAAAGCUGCUCUAAGACAAUGAUCCUCAACUUCUGCUCCUACGUGCAGUGGGUUCCAGGGAGUGAUGUGCUGGUAGCUCAGAACCGAAACAGCUUAUGUGUAUGGUACAAUAUUGAGGCCCCUGAGAGAGUCACCAUGUCCUCUAUCAGGGUAUGUUGAUACCAGGAGACCCCAGACAUGUGUCAGUCUAAUUAAUUAGAACCCUGAGGAGAAGAC